AUGAAAUGCGUGCGAGACGCGCGAGAGCGUCGACCGCGCGACGGGGGCGAGGACGCACUCGCUGUGGACUUCACCGGCGGCGACGGGGUCACAUCGGUGUUUUUAGGGGGUUUGCUCUUCGGCGGACCCAUCUUGGGAAGGUCGUGUCGCGUGCGACCGGUGCGAGGUGCGACCGCGAAUAAUGCCCCGGUUGUUGUUUUUCGUGUGUCAGCGCGUCGGAACGUGCUGCGUGGAAAAUAUCCGUGGGUGGGUGGGCUGUGUGGCUCGAUCGCGGUCGAAUCGAGAUUUCCGAAACCAGAAAAUGUUUUUUACGGUUUGAAAAUAAAUGUUUCACCGGUAAUUGAACGGGUCGAGCCCUCAGGUCUCCUCCCUGAGACUAUCUUCUCGGUCCUCUCUCCUCGGUCGACGCGCGGCACAACGAGCGCGCGCGUCGCUCGCGCUCGCACCCCCGCACCGGCUCGCGCGGCGCUCGAUCGUCGCGCGCGCGAGCGCGCGAUCGAUCGAUCGAUCGAUCGAUCGAUCGACAGACGCGAGCGAUCGGUCGACGACUGGAUGACGGACCCCGAGGAGAGCUCCGCGGAGAACGUCGACGCCUUCUUCACGUCCUACCGCGAGGCGAAGCAACCCGGCGGCGGCGAGACGAAGUUCAAGUACUACCUCCUCGGCGGCGACGACGGCGGAGAGACGCUCGCGGCGGUGUGCGAGGACUCGCCCGGAGCGGGAGGAGGCGGCGGCGGCGGCGGCGGCGGAGGACCGACGUACCGUAACGCGAAAAACUUCUCGAAGAAUCACGGAACGAUCUCGACGACGGACCGCCGCGAGCUCAUCGCGUGGCUGGACGGGAUCGUCGCCGAGGGCAUCGCGCGCGCGUCCGUCGCCGGCGGCGUCACCCCGACGAUCGUCGCGGCGGGUAUGGCGGCGAAUCGCGCGAGCGACGCGUCGGGGGCGGGCUUAUCGCGCGGCGGCGGUCAGCUUCCCAAAUUCGUGACGCACUCGCAAGAAAAGUUCGUCUUCCCGGACGGCCGACGCGGCAUCAACUUCUACCUCGUCGACCGCGCCUCCGUCGCGUCGCUCGCGGUCACGGGCGAAGAGCGCGACACGAGGGACGGGCACUACUCGUACCACAAGGUUUCCUCGUUCGAUAUCGGCCCACCGUUGACGUGCGGGAACCUCGUCGGCGUGCAUCGAUGGCUCGCGGCGAUGUGCGGCGGCGUCGGCGCCGCCGCGACCGCCGCGGGCGCCGCGCUGAGUUUCGGGAAGCACCCGCCGAAGCAUAAACCCGGCGGAUCCCAGGGCGGGAGCAAGUUCCACGCGCAGAGGGUCGCGCGGCUCGAGGCGGCGCGGGACGUCUCGAACGCGCUCGGGAAGCGAAGGCGAGCGGCGGAUUACUUCGCGAGCGAGCACACCGGCGACGACGUCGAUCCGCCGACGCGAUCGACGCGGCGAGAGGAGAGAGAGGCGCGGUGGACGCUCGCGCGGACGCGCGCGCUCGCGUUCGUGCGGGAGGGCAUGAGAGCGGACGUCGAGGACGCGAUGUCGCGGAUCGAGGCGGUUCUGGACGACGUGAUAGAAACGCUCGCGGCGCGGCAGAAGAGCCAUCACGGCGGGUCGACGAGCAAAAAAGAAAAGGCGACGGCGUCGGAGACGCGAAGAGGCGCGACGAUCGCCGCCGUCGACGCGCUGAAAGAGUUACACGCGACGCACGUCUCGCUCGCGGUGCUGGACGGGACCAACGUGCGCGAGCGCGUGAUGGCGACGCGCGACGCGUGCGACGACGACGAUGAGACCGGGACCGUGCGCAAGCUGUGCGAAUCGCUUAUCGCGCAGUGGCGCGGCGCGUUGCGGUCGCACGUUGGGACGCUCGCGGCGAGGUACGAGCGUCCGCCGCCGCCGCCGGCGCCGUUUUUCGGAGGCGGCGGCGGCGGCGUCGGGAAAACGGGAAAGCAGCGGCCCGUGUACGACGCCGCGUACGUCGCCGCGCGGAGGAACGAGCCGGAGCUGAGGGCGACGCGAGGGAAGAGCGGAUUCGCGAAAGCCGCCGCCGACGCCGCCGCGGGCGGGCUCGACGCCGGCGGCGGCGCGGCGGCGUCCGCGCCGGCGUCCGCGCCGAAGCCGCCGAAGCCGCCGCCCAAGGCGACGAAGAAGUCGUCGUCGACGACGAACGCCGCCGCGGGCGCGUCGCUGCCGCACAAUCCGGGGCCCGGGGGCGCGCCGCCGAAGCCGAAGCCGAAGUCGCACAAGAAGGGCGCGGGCGCGACGUUCCACGCGCACAACCCGGGCACGCCGUUGGGGAAAGGACGCAAGCUGUGCCAAGAGUGCCACGGCGUCGUGGGGUCGCCGACGCGCAUCUGUCCGCACUGCAACGCGAGCUUGCCGUUCAAGCAGUCAGGGGCGUCGCCGAAGGCGAAGGCGGCGGCGGCGGCGGCGGCGGCGGCGGCGGCGGCGGGCGCGGCCAUCGCGGCGGCGCAGGGCGGCGGCGGCGGCGGCGGGGGAUCGGGAUCGGAAGGCGGCCCGCCCGUCGCCGUCGUCGCCGCCGCCGCCGCGGAGGAGAUCCUCGCGACGUCCGCGGCCGCGUUCUUGUCCCGGCACCAGUCCCGACUCGCGAGUUGUAAGGUAUCGCAGCUCAGACGGACGGUCGCGGAGGUGUGCGCGGGGGUGAACGCGGUGCUCGACGCGGGGAGGCUGACGGAUCCGAUCGCGGCGAAGCACCUGAGGGAGUUGACGAAGAAAAUUUCCGACGUGAAGAUGUUGCAGGGCGUCGUGGAGAAGCCGAAGGCGCGGAACCAGGUCGCCGCCGCGAUCGAGGCCGCGGUGAAGACGUGCCAGCGGCAGGGCGUGUGA